GACCACACUUUAUUUCCAUCGUCUUGUUUCUCUCUCCUACAGAUUUUUUAUUUUAUUAUUAUUUCUCUGUUCCACAGCUUACAUAACUACGACGCCUUCUCCUUCUUCUUCUUGAAUUGAAUUGUCUUUGUGAGUUUUGUUGAAUUUUGAAGCACCUUGUUAUUUCUGUGAUUUCGCUUUUCAGCUUUAAUUUCAAUGAAGCGAAAGGGGGUUGAGGAACUAGAUGAUCAAGACAGGCCGAUUGAUAGACUCCCCUUUGACCUCUUGGCUCACAUAUUUGCUAUGCUUACUUGUUUCAAGGAUUUGGCUCAGACCAGCGCUGUGUGCAAGAAAUGGAGGCAGGGGGUGAAAGAAUCCCUGGCAAGAAGAGAAAGAUUGAGUUUUUCAGGGUGGAAAGUGAAUGAUGAUUCUACCACUCGCCUUGUCCUUCAUGCUUACAGUCUCAAGGAACUCGAUAUUUCAAGGAGCCGUUGGGGUUGUCAAAUAACAGAUCGCGGGCUGUACCAAUUGUCAACUGCUAAAUGUAUUAGCAAUCUGUCAUCACUAUCUUUAUGGGGCACUACUGGGAUCACAGAUACAGGUGUUGUUCAACUGAUCUCCAGAGCUAAUUCUCUACAGCAUCUGAAUAUCGGUGGUACAUUCAUAACAGACACAUCCUUGUUUGCUAUUGCUGGUAGCUGCCCACACUUGAAGACUAUUGUGCUUUGGGGGUGUCGUCAUGUAACUGAGAAUGGGCUUCUAGCUUUGGUAAAUAAAUGCCGGAAACUAGAGUCUAUUAAUGCAUGGGGCAUGAGGGUUACCGUGGACUGUUUUAUUGGCCUACUCACUAUUAGCCCAGCCCUACAGAUACAACCUAAAGGAAUCCUGCCUGAUAUUGCUGUAUUUUGACAAGCCAGAAGUCCCUGUGUGACCUUUCUCUUAAGGGAUCAUCCACGUGGAUUGUUAUUGCAACUAUAUCUUGUGUACAGCUUGUCAAUUGUUGCAUUGAACAAUAAUGCUUUGUACAGAUUGUUUUUGUGGUUCUCCUUUGUUUUUGUUUGGACGAUUUCCUGCAGCA